AUGUUAUUGAUGUGGGCAUUUUUGUUGUUUAAGCACGUGGAGCAUGGACCUGGUUCCCAAGGGCAUAAGUAUUUAGAAAGUGCUGGCAUUGGCGGGAUCCGGGGCGUGGUUGCUGUGUGGAUCGGCAGCCUGGCCUGGCGCUUGGGCCUCUGCCGUCCAGCCUCCUCUGCUCGGCUUUCUUUCAAGACCCUAACUCUCUCACCGUCAGAGUUGUGCUCAUGGCAGGGAAACUGCAGCGGCACCAGGUUCAGCAUGGUGGAUCAGGACGCAUGGUGUCUGUCUCAUCCCUGGGGGUUCCACUUUGGUGGCUCCAUGCUCCAGCCCUCGCCCUGCCCGGUGUCACCAUGGCUGCCACUUCUGUCCUUGGGUCCCUGA